AUGCCGCCUUCGCAGUUGAAGCAACUUAAGGCUUCACUUAGGGAAAGUGGAGUCGUUGGUCCUCAGCAGUCCAAGAAGCAGAAACGCCAAAAUGCAAAGACUGGUGUAGCUGCGCAGAAUCGCAACCAGCGCAAUGCCGCAUUGCAAGCAAUUCGGGACCGGUUCAACCCCUUUGAGAUCAGGCCAACUGCGACCAGGAGCAAAUUUGAGGCGACUACUCGCGAUGAUAAUUCUAAAAAGGCUACUGGGCGCCGCCCCGGUGUGACGAAGUCAUUGGGCGAAGAGAGGCGCCGCGCAACUCUUCUGCAGGAAAUGAACAGCCGUAACAAAGUCGGUGGUCUCGUUGAUCGCCGUUUCGGUGAAAAUGAUCCAACCAUGACCCCCGAAGAACGAGCCGCCGAACGAUUCGCGAGAGAAAGCCAGAAGAAGAUGCGCAAGGAAUCCAUGUUCAACCUUGAGGAGGAUGAAGAGGAAUUCCAACUGACACACAUGGGUCAGUCUUUGACUCUGGAUGGUACGACCGUGGACGAUUUCGAUGGCGGUGAUUUGGCUGGUGAUUUGGAUGGGGCCGAGUCUGACGAGGAGGCUUCGCGGAAACGGAAGCGCUUUGGCGAGGACGAUGAAGACGCAGAGGAUUUCAUUGAUUUCGGAGAAGAUGGCGAGGACCAACCGGAACGCAAGAAGUCCAAGGCCGAAGUCAUGAAGGAAGUUAUUGCCAAGUCCAAGUUCCAUAAGGCUGAGCGACAGAAGGCCAAGGAGGAUGAUGAUGAUCUUCGAGAGGAAUUGGACCAAGAGCUGCCCGAUCUCUUCGAGGCCUUGCGCGGCAUGAAGGCCCCAGCGAAGCCGGAGCCAGCCAAGCAAGAUCUCGACACUAUGAACCCCGAGCGCGCAGCCAUGCUUCAAGUGCCGGAAGGCAAGGAUACCGAGAAGGAAUACGACCAACGUCUCAAACAAUUGACCUUCGAUAAGCGGUCUAAACCCACCGACCGCACCAAGACCGAGGAGGAGAAGGUAGAGGAAGAAGCCAAGCGGUUGAAGAAGUUGGAGGAAGACCGAUUGCGCAGAAUGCGCGGUGAGGAGCUCAGCGACGACGAGGAAGUAGAAAGCGACAAAGACUCUUUCUUCCAAGGUGAUGAAGAUGAGGAGGAGUCUGAAGUCGACGAUGCGGCUGCUUUUGGUCUUCACACGAAUUCAUAUGAGCCCCGGCCCGAGCUCGCUGUGGAGGAUGAAGAUGACUUUGUUAUUGACGACGACCUAGUCGAGACACGGUCAAACGUCAGUCUGUCUUUGGAUAGAAGUGACAUCGAAGAGGAAGAGAUCUCGUCCGAGGGUGAAGGCGAGGAAUCAGAGGAGGAAGACGAGCUUAUCAACGGAAUGACGUUACCCACAGCAAGCAGUGCUGCUGCAUCAACAGCAGUGCAAGUCAACCAGACUGCCGAUGGUAAACUGGCGUUCACCUAUCCUUGCCCAGGUAACCACGAAGAGUUCCUUGAGAUCACCAAGGACGUGCCAACCCAGGAUCUGCCGACUGUCAUCCAGCGCAUUCGUGCCUUGCAUCACCCCCGUCUUCAUGCCGACAACAAGGCUAAGCUGGGCAGAUUCGCCGAGAUCCUUGUCGAGCAUGUCUCUUACAUGGCUAAUGAGGCCGAGGAACCUUCUUUCGCCAUCAUCGAGAACAUUCUUCGUCACGUUCACUCUCUGGCCAAGACUCAUCCUAUCAAUGUGGCCAUGGCUUUCCGUGCUCGUCUCCGCGAGAUCUCAGAGGACCGCCCGCUCAACCUUCUUCCCGGUGAUCUCGUUGUGCUGACUGGCGUUUCUACGGUCUUCCCAACAUCUGACCACUUCCACUCUGUUACCACUCCCGCACAUCUCUGCAUUGCUCGGUUCCUGGGCCAGUGCUCGCUUAACACCACUUCCGACUUUGUGACUGGUGCUUUUGCCACGAGCUUAUGUCUGCAGUAUCAGGCUAUUGCUAAGCGAUACAUGCCAGAGUUCAUCAACUAUAUCCUCAAUGCCCUUUGCAAUCUGGCUCCUACUGAGCUGUCCGCUAAGAAGCUGUCUUUCCCCUUCCGAAAGUCCCAGGAAUCAGUUAUGCUUGCGCCAUCCAAGAAGGUUACCCCGCGCAAACUGCAUUUCCGUGAUAUCCAGGCCACACCUUCCGACUCCCAGGCCGAAGAAGAUCUCAAGAUCUCUCUGGUCACCACCUUUGUCUCCCUCCUCGACACUGCUUCGGAUUUGUGGGCCGAAAAGUCCGCCUUUAUCGAGAUCUUUAACCCCGUCCGCACUGUUCUGAAUCACCUCCGCCAAUCCUUCAAGAACAAGGUCUUUGCAGCUGCCCGAGACCCUCUGCAGUCCACCCUGGAUAAGAUCGAUGCUCAUCUCGCCCGCGCCCAGCUUGCCCGCCGCCCUCUCCUUCUCCACAACCACCGUCCUCUGGCCAUCAAAUCUGCCAUUCCCAAGUUCGAGGAGAACUUCAACCCAGACAAACACUACGAUCCCGAUCGCGAGCGUGCCGAGGCCAACCGCCUCAAGGCCGAGUACAAGCGCGAGAAGAAGGGUGCUAUGCGCGAGCUGCGGAAGGAUGCCAGCUUCGUUGCUCGCGAGAAGUUGCGGGAGAAGAAGGAGCGCGAUGCCGAGUACGAGAAGAAGUACAAGAGACUUAUUGCGGAGAUUCAGAGCGAGGAGGGUCGUGCGGCCAACGAGUACGAGCGAGAGAAGAGGGGACGUCAAGGCAAGCGGUAA